CUCCUGAAGAAGGAAAAGAAGGAGAAGAAAUUACCAUUACUCUGCCAUUGACUCAUGCUAGAUGUCAAACUGAGAUACACGCAAAACGCAAGCACAUACAAGCUAAAGGAACAGAUUGUGGCAAUAUUUAAAAAUAUCACAACUCUAAAUAAGAAGCGGUUCUGAUAAGCCUACUUGGCAUUCGUGCAAGACACCCCUAACUCUGAAGGAUCUGAAUUGAACAUUGCCAAGGAUCUCUGACUGAGGCGGGUCAGCUAGGAGUGGCUCCUCGCAGCAUAAAGAGACACACUUUUCACACUGUUUUGGAAUGAGAAGUUAAAUUCAUGAGCACACAUAAUUUAGAAGACAUGGGCUGUGGCACUUCGUCUGUGAAAGACACGAGAUCUGAGCAAGUGCUCAAAGCUGCAUUGGUCAUCCAGAACUGGUACCGGGGCUACAGCACUCGAUUGAAGGCCAGACAGCGCUAUGCCCUCACCAUCUUCCAGUCCAUCGAAUACGCCGAUGAACAAGGCCAAUUGCAGCUAUCCAACUUCUUUUCCUUCAUGUUGGAAAACUACGCACAUAUACAUGAGAAAGAUCCCGAAAUAGUUGCUCGACUUUUCAGUAGCACCCUCCAGGACUACAAGGAUAGACAGGACUAUGUCGCAUUUGUGGAAGUCCCAAACUCCUAUAACGGUCCUCGACUGCAGUUUCCUCUCACCUUUACUGAUAUUGACUUACUCGUUGACGCCUUCAAGCAACAACAGAUACUUCAUGCUCGUUACGUCUUAGAGGUGCUAUUUGAAACCAAGAAAGUCCUGAAGCAAAUGCCGAACUUCACUCACGUAAAAACCUCUCCUUCCAAAGAGAUAACAAUCUGUGGUGAUUUGCAUGGGAAACUGGAUGACCUUCUUUUGAUCUUCUAUAAGAAUGGUCUCCCCUCAGGGAGCAACUCAUAUAUUUUUAAUGGGGAUUUUGUAGAUCGAGGAAGAAAUUCCAUAGAGAUCCUAAUGAUCCUGUUUGUGAGUUUUCUUGUCUACCCCAAUGACCUGCACUUGAACAGAGGGAACCAUGAAGAUUUUAUGAUGAAUCUGAGGUAUGGCUUCACAAAAGAAAUUUUGUGUAAAUAUAAGAUACAUGGGAAACAAAUCUUACAAAUCUUAGAGGACGUCUAUACCUGGCUCCCAAUUGGUACCAUCAUUGACAAUGAAAUCCUGGUCAUACAUGGUGGGAUAUCAGAGUCCACAGACUUGGAUUUACUCCACCGCGUAGAGAGACACAAAAUGAAAUCUGUGCUGAUGCCACCAACCCCCUUAGAUGGAGACCCUGACACCAACUUGAAGAAAAAGAAAUUCAACGCCACUGUUUUACCUCGGGAAGUCAAAACGAGUGCAUCCCUCCCUGAACAGUUAACAAAGCAUGAAUGGGAACAGGUCAUCGAUAUUCUGUGGAGUGAUCCCAGAGGCAAAAGAGGCUGUUACCCGAACACGAGUCGAGGAGGGGGCUGCUAUUUUGGACCAGAUAUCACCUCCAAGGUUCUUAAUAGAUACCAGCUGAAGAUGCUCAUCAGGUCUCAUGAAUGUAAGCCCGAAGGGUAUGAAAUCUGCCACGAUGGGAAGGUCAUUACUAUAUUUUCUGCUUCUAAUUAUUAUGAAGAAGGCAGCAAUCGAGGCGCUUACAUCAAACUGUCUUCUGGUAUGGCCCCUCGAUUCUUCCAGUACCAAGUAACUAGGACAACGUGCUUGAGGCCUCUUUACCAAAGGGUGAAUGCUAUUGAAAGUAGUGCCAUCAGGAUAUUAAGAGAGAGAAUAAUUGCACGAAAAACUGACCUCAUUCAUGCUUUCCAACUUCAAGACUGCAGUAAAUCAGGAAAACUUUCUAUGAGCCAGUGGGCUUUUUCCAUGGAGAACACUUUGGGGCUGAACUUACCAUGGAGAUCCCUGAGUUCACAUCUGGUCACCACAGACACCAAUGGAGAUAUUAACUACAUGUCCAGCUUCCAGGAUAUCCACAUCCAGAAACCUGUGAAAGAGGCUCAAUCUACUCUAAUUGAAACUCUGUACAGAUACCGAUCUGACCUGCAAAUCAUCUUUAAUGUCAUUGAUUCUGAUCACUCAGGCCUGAUUUCUGUGGAAGAAUUUCGUUCCAUGUGGAAACUCUUCAAUAGUCACUACAACAUUCAUAUUGAUGAUUUUCAAAUUGAUGAGCUCGCUGAAAGAAUGGACUUAAACAAAGAUGGAAGCAUUGACUUUAAUGAGUUCCUAAAGGCUUUCCAUGUAGUGCAUAAAUUGGAUAAGUUGAACAAAUCAGGUAGCGACCUUGCUUAACAAGAGCUAGGGCUUUCUCUGCUUGUAAACCCUGGGGCCCAAAUCACCGACACCAUCUUUUCCCGAACGCUUGUAAUUCAUAAUCAGUUGUAGAGAAAAGUAGACCCCCAUUUGUGCCAGGAGCAGAUGUAUAGUGUGGGUAUUUGAGUCUCCAGUAAGCUGUAAUUGGUAAGACUAGGGUAAAUGUCAGCUGAUAGGAUUUGGCUCCAGUGUUAGGACUCAUGCAUUGCCAGGUAGAAACUGGGUUUGAGCCUAGUGUUGGCCUCCUUGACCAAGAUACCAGAGGAGUUUGGAAACAUGUUGAAAGGAACCCACAGAACCGCAGAGAAAAGUGCAACAUCUGUGAAUGACUGAGGGAUGGGAGGAGGAAUACCAACUAGUAAUGGAAUAAAAUAUUUCCAUCUUUAAA